UUUCACGCCAUUCCUAAAAGUGACAUAACCGACUACAAUAUGCUUUCUCCGGUGGAUCCUGUCAUCAUCGUACUUCUGGGCUAUUUGCUCUUCGUCCUGAAAGUGGGUCCAAAGUUUAUGGAGAACCGAGUGCCCUUUGAUUUGCGGAACAUCAUCAAGAGCUAUAACAUCUUCCAGAUAAUAUACAAUGUUUGGAUGCUCGGAUACGCCAUCCACUUUCUGUUCGUUUUGCGGCUGUACGACCUGGGAUGCAUGACGAGUCUUCCACACGACCAUGAACACAAGCACCGGGAGACCUACUUCGGCACCCUCUAUUUGGUCAAUAAGUUUGCAGACCUCACGGAAACCAUAUUCUUUGUCCUGCGGAAGAAGAACCGACAGAUAUCCGUCCUGCACGUCUUCCACCACGUCAGCAUGCCCCUGGUGGUAUACUUGUUCAUCAGACUCCAGGGCUUUGCCGCCGUUAUCCUUUAUUGCGUGCUGAACGUGGCGGUGCAUGUACUGAUGUACACCUACUACUACCUGUCCUCGGUCAGCCAGGCGGUGCAGUCGAGUCUGUGGUGGAAGAAGUACAUCACCAUGGUCCAGAUGGUGCAGUUCGGGAUCAUAUUGUCCAUCAUAGCCUACACCUUGUCGCAGCCCAACUGCAAUGUCCCGCGUCCUGUGGUCUAUGUGUCAGGAUGCUUAACAUUAUCCUUCCUGGUGCUGUUUAGCAACUUUUACGUGAAGUCGUACUUGCGUUCCGACCGAAAGCGAGGCCAGAAGGCGCAGUAAAUUGUAUAUUUUCAGAAUCCUGUUGGGAAGAUACACAUAAAUCUUAAAUAAAUUCAAAUAAAAUAUA